AUGACCAACGUCGAUACUUCAUUGCCCCCGGAGCCCACUGGCGCUGCCGCCAACUUUGCUGCUCGGCAUUCAGAGGAGCACCCGCUGAAGCUUUACGGCGGCUGGUUCUGUCCUUUUGUUCAGCGGAGUUGGAUCACUAUCCAUGAGAAGAGAAUCCCUCAUCAAUAUGUCGAGAUCAAUCCUUACAAAAAAGAACCUCACUUCUUGGCACUGAACCCUCGCGGGCUGGUGCCCACACUUGCGGUCCCCUUUGACGCACAAGGCAAAGAGCAGAAAGCUUUGUUCGAGAGCAACAUUGUCUGCGAGUAUCUGGAUGAAGCAUUCUUUGAUGAGUCAAAGCAUGGUCCUCGUCUGCUUCCUACGGAACCAUAUGAGAAGGCUCGAUGUCGUAUCUGGAUCGAUCAUAUCAGCACACGCAUUAUCCCUGCCUGGUACAAGCUCAUGCAACACACUCCCGACAAAUCUUUCAGCCUCGAAGAUGCAAGAGAAGAACUCAGAGGUCAUAUUAAAUCCUUCGUGGAAGAGAUGGACCCUGAAGGUCCAUGGUUUCUUGGCACGACUCUGAGUCUCGUGGAUAUUUGCUUCGCGCCCUGGGCAAAACGCUUAUUUCUUAUUGAUUAUUACAAGGAAGGUGGGCACGGUAUUCCUACAACUGGUGAGGGCGAAGACGGCGAUGUUUGGAAGAGGUGGAACAGGUGGUAUGAGGCGAUUCUUGAACGUGACAGUGUGAACGAGACGUGGAGUGCUGAUGAGCGAUACAUAAUCGCUUAUAAGAGAUAUGCCGAGGAUACUACCAACUCCGAGGUUGGUCAGGCUACACGAUCAGGCAAACGGCUUCCUUAG